AUGUCCCGUCCUUCGCGGACGCACACAGGCCGGCUCUUCUCCGGCCUGUCGUUCCUCUUUGUUCUCCUCGUCGCACUCAUCUGCCUCUGCCCGCCAGUAAGCGCAGAUUCAGAAAAGCCUGACUAUGGCACUGUUAUCGGUAUUGGUACGUAUUCGUGUGUUGGUGUUCACCGUGGGGGACGUGUCGAAAUUAUCGCCAACGACCAGGGUCACCGGAUAACGCCAUCAUGGGUCUCUUUCACUGACGAUGAACAUUUAAUUGGUAACUCGGCAAAGAACGCCUUCCACUCCAACCCAGAAGCCACCGUGUUCGAUGCUAAGCGUCUCAUCGGUCGCAAGAUGGACCAGCCUGAAAUCAAGCACAACAUCAAGCACUGGCCUUUCAAGGGAGCGCCCCAUGACUUCACACCCGAGGAGAUCUCCGCUAUGGUUUUGAUGAAGAUGAAGGAGACCGCUGAGGCUUACCUCGGCAAGAAAGUCACUCACGCCGUCGUCACCGUCCCAGCCUACUUCAACGACGCUCAGCGCCAGGCCACGAAGGAUGCUGGUACCAUCGCUGGUCUCCAGGUCCUCCGUAUCAUCAACGAACCUACCGCUGCCGCCAUCGCCUACGGUCUCGACAAGAAGGGUGGCGAGUCUCAGAUCAUCGUCUACGAUCUCGGUGGUGGAACUUUCGAUGUAUAUCUCCUUUCCAUCGAUGACGGUGUCUUCGAGGUCCUCGCCACCGCCGGUGACACCCAUCUCGGUGGUGAAGAUUUCGACAACCGUGUUAUCGAGUACUUUACCAAGCUCUACAAGAAGAAGACCGGCACUGACGUUUCUGGCAACCUUCGCGCGCUUGGAAAGCUGAAGAGGGAGGUCGAGCAGGCCAAGAGGACUUUGUCUUCCCAGCAGAACACGAGGAUCGAGAUUGAGAGCUUCGAGGGCGGCAACAACUUCUCCGAGACCUUGACCAGGGCCAAGUUCGAGGAAUUGAACUUGGACCUCUUCAGAAAGACGAUGAAGCCCGUCGAGCAGGUUCUCAAGGACGCCGGUGUUAAGAAGGAGGAUGUCGACGAGGUUGUCCUUGUCGGUGGUUCGACUCGUAUCCCCAAGGUCCAGCAGCUCCUGAAGGAGUUCUUCGGUGGCAAGGAGCCGUCCAGGGGUAUCAACCCCGAUGAGGCCGUCGCCUAUAGUGCUGCCGUCCAGGGUGGUAUCCUAUCCGGUGUGGAGGGAACCGAGGAUGUCGUCCUCGUCGAUGUCUACCCCCUUACCCUCGGUAUCGAGACCACCGGCGGUGUUUUCACCAAGCUCAUCGCCCGUAACACCGUUAUACCCACCCGCAAGUCCCAAAUCUUCUCGACUGCGACCGAUAACCAGCCCACCGUGUUGAUCCAGGUGUUCGAGGGUGAACAUUAUUUGACCAAGGACAACAACCUUCUCGGCAAGUUCAAGCUCUCUGGUAACCCUCCUGCUCCCCGUGGUGUCCCUCAGAUCGACCUCACCUUCGAGGCCAACGCCGAUGGUACCAUGAAGGUUGGCGCCGCCGAUAAGGGAACUAGCAAGUCCGAGUCUAUCACCAUCACAAACGAGAAGGGUCGUCUCUCCAAGCACGAAAUCAAGCGCAUGAUCAAGGAGGCCGAGGAGUUUGCGUCCGAGGAUGAGGCUCAACACCGUCGCAUCGAAGCCCUCAACUCCCUCUCUUCCUACAUCCAAUGUGAGGGGCCAGUUCGGCGACCAGGAGGGCGUGGGUAG